CUUUCUUUGUUGCAAUGUCCUCAUUAAAUUUUUAGUGUUACACUCAUGUCAUUACUGAUAAUACCUUGAUUGUUUUACACUUUCCAUUUUAGAUGUCGUCGUCAUGACCCAAUGGAGGGCAACCGAACAAUAUGUAUGACCCGUACAGUGUCGAUGACGAUGAUGUGAUGGACUUACACAUGGUUUGUCAACUAAGACGUGACAUUCCUACGAGACAACCGCAAUGUAAUUGUCCAUACACCGGAACAAGUAAUGCUAGAGAUCGAUUUUAGCACUCAAAUGAGACAAUUCAUCGUCAUUUUGUACUUAUGAUGCGGGCAUUGGGAAAUCUUGCGCCAUUUGUAAUCCAACCACCGAACAUGGCUGUUACCCAUCCUAAAAUUCGGAAUGACAGACGGUACUGGCCAUGGUUUAAGGACUGUGUAGGGGCCAUAGAUGGCACACAUAUUGUUGUUGUGGCACCAGAAGGUGACCGAAUGCCAUAUCGAGGUAGAAAAGUGCAUACAACUCAAAAUGUCAUGGCUACAUGUUCAUUUGACAUGAAGUUUACGUUUGUAUACAUUGGUUGGGAAGGUAGUGCACAUGAUUCGAGAAUUUUUCUAGAAGCACUUACCACAAAUUCUGCUGACUUUCCACACCCACCACCUAACAAGUAUUAUCUCGUUGACGCCGGGUAUACACACAUGCCCGGGUACGUAGCCCCAUAUCGUGGCCAAAAAUACCAUUUGCAAGAGUUCAAUAGGCGGCGUCGCUACCAUGGUCCACAGGAGUUGUUCAACCAUAGACAUUCUUCUUUGAGGAAUGUUAUAGAAAGAACCUUUGGAGUGUUGAAGCAACGGUUUCCAUUAUUGAGACACAUGCCACGGUAUGAUAUGGUACGACAAGGGCCAAUCGUUAUGGCAUGUUGUGUUCUCCACAAUUGGAUCCGGACGGUGCAAGAACAGGAUGAAUUUUUCGAUGCAGAAGAAUCAAGUGACGAAGAUGAAGAUCAACUAUGCUAUGCUGUAACUGGAACAGAUGCUGAAUCUGUGUGUUCUGAAUCUGUUCUAAAUCUCUGUGUUCUAUGCUAUGCUGUAACUGGAACAGAUGCUGAAUCUGUGUGUUCUGAAUCUGUUCUAAAUCUCUGUGUUCUAUGCUAUGCUGUAACUGGAACAGAUGCUGAAUCUGUGUGUUCUGAAUCUGUUCUAAAUCUCUGUGUUCUAUGCUAUGCUGUAACUGGAACAGAUGCUGAAUCUGUAUGUUCUGAAUUUGUAAGUGGAACAGAUGGUGAAUGGUGA